AUGUCUUACUACAUCAACCCGUCUCAAACCCAAGACCAGUAUGCCCAGCAGCAAUCCUACAACCACGGCCCACCCGCAGUCCCAGAACCCUGGGUUGCCGAAUGGGACGGCCAGAACGACCGCUGGCUCUACGUCAAUCGCGAGAACGGUCAACGCACAUUCGAGCUUCCACAACAGUCCUUCUCCUACUCCGGCGGAGAAGGAGGCGGAGGAGGUGAAGGAGGUGGUGGAGGCUAUAGUCAAGACUAUGAUGCCAGACAAGGCCAGGGAGAGGACUACUACCCGCCCCAAGAGCCAGCGAAAGAAUCUCACACCGGGCGAAACAUGGCCCUUGGCCUGGCGGCCGGCGUGCUAGGCGGUGCUGUGCUGACGCACGAGGGAGAGAAAGUCGAAGACAAAUGGGAUGGAGUCAAGUAUGGAGUCGAAAACGAUGUUGUCGACGGUGUCCAAAAUGUCGAAGAGUUUCCACAAGACGCGGCACGCUGGACGGGGGAGAAGGUGCAAGAUGUUGAAGAGUUUCCACAGGACGCGGCACGCUGGACUGGGGAGAAGGUGCAAGAUGUCGAAGAUAUUCCCAAGGACGUCGAACGUGAGUGGGACAAUGCCGUUCAGGAUGUCAAAGAUGUGCCCGAGGACAUCUCUGGCUGGGUUGGCGGGAAGGUAGGGGACGUCGAGGGUUUCGGGGACAACUUGGACAACGCCUAUGAUCAGGGUCGAGACAUUUCACGAUACGACGACGGAGACCGCUACUAG